UCAGCAGAUGCACAUAACUCGAAGGUAUAGUCAGGGGAUGCUUUCUGUCAUGGAUUGACGUUGUGUAUGUUGGUGCCUGAGAUCCUUCAUGUUUUUGGACUGUGAGUGGUCAACUACACACCAUGUGAGCCCGGGGUAUGAAUCACCUGCCAAUUGCGGGAGAAUAUUCCGUUCAAACAGUCUUGGAUGGUACUUGUUUACAAGCUUGUCAUUUGUACAAAUGUCAAACCCAGGCAACUCGGUGUAAGAACUAUAUCCUUAUUAUCUUCGUUUAGACAUCGCAUCAUCCCAUUCUUUUGGUUAUUUGCGGCAAAUAAAUUGCUCAUGCCACUAGUCUAUAUCGUGAGACGGGGCACCAGAAAGCCUGUGUCCACUACGUCAGAACGCCUGAUGUCCAAUAUUACAGCCCUACAUUUAUUGACAAUUUUUUUUUUCCUACAACCAUUGGUGAGGCUGUAACAGAAACAUGGUUAUAGCGAAGGCGACGUCUUCCUAAG